AUGUCGCAAGCAAAUAGAGAACAUAAUAUUAAAAGAAACGCUAAAGGAAAAAACAAGCAAAACAAUAGUCGAAGUAACGAAUGCUAUAAAUGCGGAUUGCCGGGCCAUUUUGCUCGUGACUGCACUAGUGAAAGUUCGCGAAAGCCUCACGAGACACCUGUCAAACCUAGUCCACAUGAGAUACAUGAUCUAGAAGAAAACCAAUCCAAAAAAUUAUCAGAUAGCUUUAAUUCUGCAGAAUUAUCUUAUGGUGGGUCUGAUAAAAUCGUUUUCACUCCAUACGGAGAUGAGCUUAAAGAUGCAUGGAAAAGAUUUGUAAAGAAAGGAUUGACAUUGACCCAUCAACAUAAAAUGAGACACUUUAUUACAUCGUGCCUUAUAGUAGCGGACAAACAGGUGGGGUACGAAGUCGAAGAGCUUGUCACAGAGUUGGGACAGCCUGAAGGUCUGAAACGUAUAAGGGAAAUUGUCAUGUUUCCCAUGUCUGUAGAUGCAGGGCUUGCUGGUGCAGUUGCUUCUUUUCAGCGUGUGAUAUUACCAUUCAUAGCUCUUUUAACUCGCUCAGGAAUUACCGAAUGCAUUAUGGAAAAAUAUGUCCAUGCAAUAUUUUAUGCUGUCUAUUUAAAUUUGAAUUCGUUUAUGCUUGAUGGAGUUAUUACUAUGUUAGAGACUCUAGUUCGAAGAAAUGAUAUUGUUGACAAAAGAGUUAACCAAUCUGUGUUGCUUGCGGAUGACACAAGUGCAUUCAUACCUACUUCAAUGGGCCAAUUCUUUUUGGUCAUUGUUAGAUUGUGCAAUACAUUUAUGAAACGUAUAAAAGAAGCAUCGACGAAUGAAACAAUGUACAAAAUUGUGGUGAAAAUCGAUCAAGCCAAAAAGCUAUGGCAAAAUACUCUUCAACAAGAAACUGGAAGCACAUAUAAUGAACCACUUGCUUCUAAUCUUGAGCUUAGAAAAUAUUUUUUCACUGUCCUUGAUAAGGAAAUGAACAGCAUGAACAAAAUGUUGAAUUAUGGCCAACGUAACUCGUUGUCUCAAGAAACUCGUAAAAUUUCACCCGUAAAUCCUAAUAAGUCUGCCGCAUAUUAUGGCAAAUUGGCUAAAAAAGUUGCUUCGAUGCUUGAUUACGAUCCUCCAGGAGAACUUUCUGAAAAUGGACCACGCCAUGAUAAUGAUUUUAGCGACAUAUCAAAAAUUUCAAUUAUUCCAACUAAGGAUGAAGUGUUAUGCAACCGCGAUCCAUUUUUACCUACAACAAAUAUGGAUGACUCCUUGCACUAUCUACCAAAAGGUACCGAACGUUUGCUUGACACUCAAUUUCGUCUUCUCAGGGAAGAUAUGAUGUGCCCUAUGCGCCUUGGCAUUGAAAACUUCAUUAAAUUUAUCUCAGAAUCAGCCAAAAAUAACGCAAGAUUACAACAGUUACAGGUGCAUGGUGGAAGACACAAGUAUAAUGACAAGGAAGGCAUGGAUGGUGGCGACUUAAAUGUAUACGCCAAUGUUCAUUUUUCUGAAAUAAAUGUCGAUCGAAGGCGAGGUUUUUCUUGUCGAAUGGGUUUCACACAACCCAAAAUGAGGCGCCAUUUGGAAAGUAAACAAGGUCGAUUGCAAUAUUGGAAUAAAAGUGGAAAACUUAUGAACGGAAGCUUAGUUUGUCUGCUGUGGCCGUCCGAAAAUAGUUCAUCUAAUGAUGGCCUUCAAUUCUCUUUGUUCUUUGGAACGGUGUUGUCUCGUAACGAAGAUUUAUUAUCUCAAAAUCAGCAUGUAGCAUUGAUUGACAUUAGUUUUAUUGAUAGUCUGGUUUAUCAAAUUGCUUUGAAAGAAAUAAAGAAAAAAAAUUACGGUAAUUCAAAUGAACAGAUGGCAGGGUGCUUUAUGGUUGAAUCUAUAGGAGUGUACUUUGAGUCAUAUUUCCAUAUUUUAAAAACUCUUCAAACAAAAUUACCAUCAAAUCUUCCUUUCGAAAAAUAUUUGGCACCGCAAAUAAUCGGAAGUUCAUCGUUUUCUGUUGUUGAUCCGCCUACAUACGCCCGAGCACCCGGAUUCGUAUUCGAUUUAUCAGUGCUACUUAAAGAUAAAAAUAAACAGCUUUUACUAAACGUUGCUGACACCUCUUCUCAUGAAACUGUUAUUCAAAAUCUUCAAGAAUCGAGUAGGCUUGAUAAUACUCAAGCACAAUCCCUUGUGUAUUCUUUAUGUAGAGAAGUUGCUUUGAUUGAAGGACCUCCUGGAACUGGAAAAACUUUUGUCGGCGUUGAAAUAAUGAAAGUGUUAAUAGCGAAUCAGAAAGCUGCAAAGUUAGGACCAAUAUUGACGAUUUGUUUUACUAAUCACGCAUUAGAUCAGUUUCUUGAGAAUUUAUUAGAUGCUGGCAUUAAAAAAAUUGCACGAUUAGGCAGCCGAUCAAAAUCUGAAAUCAUUAAGAAUUUUAGUAUUGAAGAACUAUGUCCAGAUCGUGCUACUUCUAAACCUCAGAGAAAGAUAUUGGGUCAAGGAUAUGAUGAACUUAAGAAAAUUCAAAAAGAUACUGAAAGGAUCCUAAAAAAUUUUUCUAGUAAUUGGCUAGAUUGGGAUAAUAUUACUGGUUAUUUGUUAGUAGAAUAUCCCAAUCAUUGGAGAGCUUUUCAGAAUCCAGAUAUACCAAAAUUUUUACUUAAAACUAAUGAUAAAACAGAAUGGCAGCAAGUAAUCAAUGAGAAGAAGGAACAAGUAAACAGUAAGAAUAAGUGGUCAAUAUUUCACCAAUGGAUUAGUGGAAACGACUUAGACCUUGCACAAAGAUGUGCCAAAAAAUUUCAAAUUAACAAAACUGAACACAAUACGAAUACUAACAAUAAUAGAUUUGAACUGCUUAGAGGCCUUAAUAGCGAAGGAGGGUCUUCUACUGAAAAUAUUAUAGACAUCGAAAAUACUGACAUAGCAAAUACUGAAAAUAUUACAGAGAUUGAAAAUACUGAAAAUAUUACAAACAUUGAAAAUACCACAAAUAUUGAGGAAUCUAAUGAUAUACAACGUUGGCUUCUUUCAUGGGUAAAACCUAAAGGUGAUCGGUCCUUGGAAGACCUAAAAAAUGAUCCUAAUAUUUGGCAAAUGUCUUCGGCUGAAAGGAUAAAAUUGCACGACUUUUGGAAAGAGGAGAUUCAAUUAGAUUGCCUUGAUGAACUUUCCAGAAUCAAAGGACAACACGAAAAGACGAUAAAUGAAAUUGAUAUGGUUUACAGCGAAAAUCGUCGUCAGGUUCUUCGAAAUUGUGAUGUAAUCGGAAUGACAACAAAUGGAGCAGCAAAAUUUCAAACUUUAAUUGGCUCUAUUGGUCCACGUAUAAUUAUUUGUGAAGAAGCGGGCGAAGUUUUGGAGGCACAUAUUUUGAGUGCACUAACGCCAAAGACACAACACAUGAUCCUUAUUGGUGAUCAUAAUCAGCUUCGCCCUCAUUGCGCUACAUACACUUUAACAAGUGAUUCGAAAAUUGGAAUCAAUUACGCUCUUGAUAAAAGUCUUUUCGAGCGUCUUGUUAAUGGUGAUCGAGCAAUGUGUUUAGAAAAAUCACAAUUGCAUACACAAAGAAGGAUGAGAAGAGAAAUUUCUGAUUUAAUCCGGUGCACGCUCUAUAAAGAUCUUGUUGAUGAAGAAAAUAUUGUUGAUUAUCCAGACGUACGCGGUGCUCAGAAAAAUGUUUAUUUUGUGGAUCAUCGCCAUUCUGAAGAUUCUGGAGAAAAUGUUUUUGCAAUGAAUUCUCAUUCGAACACCUAUGAAGCUAAAAUGGUAGUAGAAAUUGUUAAGUAUUUUUUUCGCAAUGGUUACGAUAAACAAGGUCAAAUUGCAGUAUUGACACCAUAUCUUGGGCAGCUCAUUAAAAUAAGAGAUGCACUGUCGAAGUCAUUUGUUGUGGUAAUUGACGAACGUGAUGAUCAAUUGAUUACUAAUAUGGAGGAAAGCAUAGAUGAUGAAAAUAAAAACCUAGAUGGAGAACCAAUGUAUUCUACUAUUGGAAAUAUUGCUUCCAAAAAGAAAUUGUCUCAACAGGUAGUUCUUCGCACGGUCGACAACUUUCAAGGAGAAGAAGCUGAUAUAGUGAUUAUAUCACUCGUUCGUAACACGAAAAAUGAGAAUGAUCGUGGAAAUAUUGGCUUCCUGAAGUCAACAAAUCGUUCUAAUGUUCUUUUAUCUCGUGCAAAACAUGGCAUGUUUCUUUUGGGUAAUGCAGAAAUUAUGGCAAGACAUUCAGAUUUUUGGAAAAAAGUUUUAGAAACUUUAUACAAACGUGGCCAAGUUGGGCCAGGAUUCCCAAUUGUGUGUGCUCGACAUCCAGAUUAUAAGAACAUCAUAUAUGAAGACAAACAAUUCAAUGAAAUUUCCCCUGAUGGUGGCUGUUUCGAGCCCUGCGGUCAACAGCUUAAAUGCGGACACAUAUGCCCAUAUAAAUGUCAUCCAGAUGAUCCACAACAUAUUGGAGUUUUUUGCCGAAAACCUUGUACAAGAUUAUUACCAGAUUGUCAACAUCCUUGCAGAAAUAAAGUGUGUGGAGAAAGUUGUGGAAAAUGUUUUUGGCCAAUUGAAAACAUUAUAUUACCAUGUGGACACGAAUAUAAAAAUGCCACGUGUCACGAUAGUAAAAAUAUAUAUAAAAUCCUUUGCAAGGAAAAGGUGAUAAGGAAAUUGCCUAAAUGUGAACAUGAACAUUUAAUGGAGUGUUAUGUAUCAGUCGGUGAUUUUGAAUGUACAGAAAAAUGUAGGAAGCUUCUUCCAUGCGGACAUUCCUGCGCGUCUACAUGUUUCGAUUGUCAGAAAUUAUCUGAGAGAGCAAACCAAAAUCCACUCUUGUAUAACAUGGGACAGAUUCCUGUGCAGAGCCUUGCUCAGUUUGUGCGGAAGGGUAUUUGCAAUUUGCCAUGUGGUGUACCUUGUAGCCGACUCCCGUGUAAUUUGCGAUGUGAAAAAUUACUAAACUGUGGACAUCAAUGUUUUGGACUUUGUGGCGAAAAAUGUCCUCUACCAAAAUACUGUGCAGAUUGCACUACAGAUGAUAAUGUCAAGAAUCAAGUUGUUGAUUUGAUUAUGCAAGAGACAUUUGCAGAAGUGGAUUGGACUUUCGAGAGAAUGGUCGUUUUAGACUGUGGACAUGUAUAUACAGCAGAAAGUCUCGAUCAUCUGAUGGACAUGAAGGAAUACUAUGAAAUGGACAAAGACAACAACUGGACUCGAAUCAAAGCAAUUACUUCACAACCAAGUGAAUCUAAAAAAUGUCCACAAUGCCGUGCUCCUAUUAAGAAUAUUUAUCGUUAUGGAAGAGUAACGAAUAAACAUGUUUUGGAUGUUCAGAACAAAAAAUUUUUGAUGAAAUAUGAUAACUAUUUGAAGAAACUAAACAAAGACAUAACAAUUGCUACAAGGCAACUAGAAAAUAAUCGAAAGAAAUUUUUAGAAGAAAUCCAAAAACCGUUGAAAACUCAAGGAAAAAAAGAAAUGAGUAAUGUAGAAAAAGAUUCAGCAUUACAAGAAGUUAUAUCAACAGAGCAAUACACGUCGCUUGAAGAAUAUUACUCUAUUCCAAUAAUACAUGAAAUAGAAUGGAUGAAACAUAUACCCGUACUUCUUGCCAUAUAUCGAAAGUUAACACUAUUGAUGUUUGAAACUAAAUCUCCGCCAUAUAAACUUGCAUAUGAGGCUGCAGUAUCUCUUUUGUAUGCGUCCAAAACUCGAACUAAUAUAUAUGAUCUCGGCAAAAAUUUUGAAUCCUUGGGCAAUUUAGAUUAUGAUUCACCUGCUCAUCAAAAUCUUAAACUUCAAGAAACUUUGGCGGAAGUUGGAUUAAUUGCUCCAAAAAUAGAUGUCCGCAUAUAUCUUGAUGCAUUUUUUGAGAUAGUUAAUAUUCAAAAGAUCAUUUUCCAUGAAGUUUCCCAGGUUAUUCCUGAAUUGACAAAAGAAACAGAAACUGAAAAUAAUCCUGUUUCUUAUGAUAAAAAUUGGAUUGUAUUUGGUGAAUGUGCAAUUGUAGCAAUUAAAAAACACCUCGAUAUUAUAAUUACGACAGCCCAAAAACAUAAUUAUCUUCGUCAUGUUGUUUUAUCAUCGCUGGAGUUGGCGGAAAUUGAAUGUAAAUCGGAACGGUUUAGGCUCAAACAUCCUCCUAAUGGCAUAGUAAAUCCUAUCAUUGCGAAGUCUGUAAAAAAUAGAUGUGUCGAGAUUGAAAGGAUGUGCGAAUCUAUUUGUAAUAUGUUUUCCACAAUGAAUGUUGAAUAUUUUGAAAAAAAAUGUAAGGAAAGAAUUGAAGAAAUUCGCCGAGAAAUUUCUGACCUUCAGGUUGCGGCAAUGAGAGAUAGGCCUUUAACAUAUGAAGAAAAGCUUCAAAUUUCUAAAGCAAUGAGUAGUGAAUUUCUUGGAUCAGGACAUUGGUAUCAAUGUCCAAAUGGACAUGCUUAUACAAUCGGUGAAUGUGGAGGUGCGGUGCAAACUAGCCGUUGUGUGGAAUGUGGUGCGACAAUUGGUGGACAAG